UUUUCUAUAUUAUCAACAGGAAAAAGACUAUUGAGAACCUGGCUAAUGAUCUCUGUGGCCUUUGAAAGCACUCGUGGUGAGGGACCAGAGCGUUUCAAAAUACCGGCCUUAGAUGUAACGUCACACCAUGCCACUUAUAUUUUUGCAUUUGUGAAUUCUGAUAACAUCUUCCCGCCCUCUAAGGCACAAGGAAACCUUAACGCUCCGCUUCCUGGCGCCUCUCGUGUCAGCACAGCGGCGUGGGCGUCGGUGAGGUGUGAGCCGCCGAUAACAGGUUUACUAACACGACAAGCAGACUCACGUUGAUUAAAAGGAUUAGGGGUUGUGAUAAGCGCCCCGUCGCCUUGCCACAGUCUGCCCGGAUCUCACGCUCUUGAAAGACACGUGCCAUGUCUGGUCAUUCUGAAGCAAUUCUACCCGCACCUCCACUAUACAAAAGGCUCUAGUUGAAGUGACACGGAUUUUCAAGGAUGUUUUUAUGGUUCUAGUGAUAGAUUAACAAGCUUUCUGCAUCAUUAACAGGAGGAACACUCGUGAGAACCCGGUUGAUUAUCUCUGUGGCCUUUGAAAAUUGUUGUGGUGAGAGGGCAGAGCGUACAGGCUCCAUAUGUCACACUAGCCUCGCCCACGUCCACUGUCUCGUCACUCGGAAAGACAAACUUGUUGCUACACAAAGAAGGAAAAGAAGAGGUGUCAGUCCCUGUCAUUUUCAACCAUGUGAGGAUGGAGGGCCGGCAGGUCAGGGCAAGGGUCGUGUAUGCUUGGUUGGCCCUCCUCUCCUUCUCUCCAGCUUGGGCCGAAGAACACACAUCGCCUUCCCUCACCACGCCCUCCCUCACCUCCAGAGGCUCAUUUGCUCCACAAAGAAGCACAACCAGCAGCUUCAGCACCCUAGCACUUCAAAGGACAGAGCCAAACAUGACCACUUCAGCACUUGAGACCUCCAGCACUCUCGUCGCCAGUUACAAAGCAUCAGAAAGUCACGCCUCUGUUUUGAAGAUGACCGUUUGGCAAUCAUCGGAGGUGGAACACAAGAAAGGUGGAUUCCAGGCUAUGGGUUCCGGCGCAUUUGAGGCUUCCAUGAAAGACUGUCCAGAAAACCAGUUCGGCUUCGUGGUGGCGGCAGGAGACGUGGAGGCGUGCAGGAUUGAGUUAGUGGAGCUGGAGGAGUGUGACCCAAGCCAGGCAGUGAUGACCCUCGUGUCGCAGGAGUUUGGUCACCAGAAUGGCAGCACGCAGAGUCACCAGGCUAGUGUGUGUGUGUGUGUGUGUGUGUGUGUGUGUGUGUGUGUGUGUGUGGUCAGUCAGUCAGUCAGUCAGUCAGUCAGUGUGUAGGACUAUCCCCACCCCUGACGCCCCUCCCCCUAUUGGCAGGUGGUGGGGGAGGGCGUGGUGGAGGUGUACCUGAAGGAGGACCUACCUGGCCACUACCGCCUGAUCUGCAUCGACACCCACACCUUCUCCAUCCUCGCGGCUAUCAACGUCGGAUUCCCGGUGUUGGAUCUGGAGGACUUCGGCUGCCGCUUCUAUAACUGGGAGGUGUUGGAGUGCACGUGGACCAGGCCUUAUAACCCCGCCCAGAGCUCCAAAGAAGACUAUUUCCCCUUCCUUUGUGUGUCCGACCAGUGCCAGUUUUGUGAGUGUGUGGAAGGUACGUGUCUGGAGACAUCCUGCAUGAACAACUGCUGCGGCUGGAACGGCAAUGCCUACCACAAUACCGCGAACGAGAUGAUGUUUAUGAAAUUCAUUGUGACGAAUUUACUAACGGAGGGAAAUAAGGAGUUCACGCACAUCUUUGAUCCUCUGGCAGUGGUGGUGCCCGCCGCGAUGUCCAGCGUGAGCGUGGCGGGCGUGGCGGGGCGGCGAGAGGCGGUGGUGGGGUGGACGCUGCCGCCCCCGAUGGACACCUUUGCUGAGGCUGCCGCGGGCGUGGUGGUGCGGGUGGACCACCGCCUGGCCGAGGGCGUGGAGUCACCAUUAUCCCCAUCACCACCACCAUCACCAUCACCAACAGCAGCAGCAGCAGCAGCAGCAGGAGACUGGAUCCUGGGAGCGCUGCUGCCGUGCCACAACGACACCUGCAAGACCGGACAGCACAGAAUCUCGCUGGAGUUCUGGUGGCACCGCUUCGAGGUGCGCGUGAGCCUGCGCUCUGCCGCGGCUCCGGCACCCUUGGAGGAGGACGGCUGGUGGUCAGACUCGGAACCUCGCAACGUGACGACCCCGCCCUCUGUGCCCGACGCCCCUCCGGCGGUGGGUCCCGGCACCUUCCAGGUGACGCAGCGGGGGUUCCCGGGCCUGUGUGACCUGACCCUCACCUGGCAGCAGGUGCCGCCGCUCCUCCACAACGGACCAGACUUUGACUACCUGGUGCAGGUGUGCGGCGCCCCACGCGGGAACGAGGGCGAAGGCGAGGGCGAGGAGGUGCUGGCGCAGAUCGCAGUCAGUGAAACCUUCGUGGUGUUCCGUAACUUGUCCACCGCGGCGCCCUACACGCUGCGGGUGGCGGCAAGGAACAGCGAGGGCCGCAGCAGCACGUGGGCGGCGGUGGGCGUGCGUCCCGGCAGGCCAGCGCCGCCGCUGCUGCCGGUAGUGGUGCUGCACGCCAGGGAGGGGCAGGACGCCCUGUAUGAGUUGCGCUGGCGGCCUGGCGACACCCCGCGCCACACCGUGUACGUGUGCACCGGUGCGCAGGAGGACACCAACCCGUGCACGGGCCAGCUGGCCUGGACCAGCGUGGACAACUCCUCCUCCGCUAACUUCACGCUGCGUGACUUCGGGCUGCAGGGCGCGGCGGGGCAGGUGACCUUCGCCUUGUCGCAGGAGGACCAGGUCGGGACGUCCAGCGGCCUGGCGUGGGACCGCUGCGUCACCCCUCAGCUCUUCACCACCGCCCGCGCCCCGCCCAAGCUGGAGGACGCGCCCCUCGCGGGAAGCUCGUGGGUGGAGCUGCCGUGGUCACUGGACUGCCGCUCUUGGGCGGGCGUGGUGGAGGCCACGGAGGCCUCCUACUGCCGCGGGGCUCACCGCUACCCGUCCAACUGCACAGAGGAGGCGGAUAGAGUGAGGAGGGCGGGGUGGGAGGAGACAGUGGACGUAGCGGGACUGGAGGGAGGCCAGCGGUACACUGUGUGGCUGAGGCUGCAGUACCGCAGUGGAAUGUCUCAGUGGUCAGAGGGCGUCACUGUCACCACAGCGUCCUCACGUCACGUGGUGUGGUGGGCGGUGCUGGCGGGCGUGGCGGCGGCUGUGGUGGGCGUGCUGAUGAUCCUGAAGCUGCUGCAGUGCCUCCAUAGAAAUCUGACGCGAGAGGUGGAAAAAUAGGAGGAGGAGGAGGAGGAGGAGAAGGAGGAGGAGUGAAGGAGAACCCAGCACGAGCGACGAUAUCCAACCACGCCCUUGGACCGGAUAGAGACACUGCAUCACUCACGCCCUCCAUAAGGUCUUUGUCAUCGCCGGGCCACUGUACUUCCCCGAGUCCCUUCCUCAUACACACCCCCUCCAUGGCACCCCAGAACACCAAGAGCGCUGCCCCAGACGCCGCCACGCCCGCAGACCACAGGGAGCUUGCACACUCCUC